AUGGCUCCGGAACAGCGCUACGAGACUUUUGAAAGAGACUUGUGCGACCCGAUACUGCUUGGAUUUGACUGGGGGUCAUGCGCAGUUGGCUACACAGCACUGGCCGUUCUUUGCUCUCAGCUUUGGAUGUACAAGCAUCCGGCAUUGGACAAAAUUGCAGUGGCCAAAGAAGCCAUCAACAAGUUGUUGCCAUCGGUGGAGUCAUGCUUGCCCAAGACACCAUGGCCGCUGAAGCUCGCAGAGUUGCACAAGUUUGCGAAUGACACCGUGGAUUACACCGACUUCAAGCUCGGUCCGGAGAAGGCCGCAUUGUUUGGGGCGUCCAUCCGCAGUGCCGACUCUGCAACUGAUCAUGCCUUGAUAAUGUUGACAUGUUUGCCGGAACCCUGA